AUGUCUAUCGUUGCAUUAGCAGACGGCUAUCAGUCGAGCGUCACCCUCGAUGUACUCCACGAUGUGGCCGCGCAAAACAACAUUCAAAUCACAUCAAAGACCGAUGAAGAAGCCUACCUCCUCGUUCUGCAGUCAGCAGACAUGACCGCUGAUAGCGUGAAUAAUCUGCCAGACUAUGUCGACCCACGGUUAGCACCUGUUCCUACAACUGGCGGGAGGCAAUUCUGGAAAUCUCAAAAGAACAGCCACAAUGCGUGGAGUCACCAGGCACAGCUCGUUGCAGAGCAACCUAUCUCAGAUAUAUUGCAGGGGCGACGAAUCGUGAUGAAGGAUAACAUGUCAAUAGGAGGACUGCCUCACACGUGUGGAACCUUUCCCCAACUCGUCUCGAAAGACGGCAAAUACCCUUUGGCAACCAUCGACGCCACAAUCACAAGGCGUCUAUUGGAAGCUGGAGCGACCAUCGUUGGCACGUCAACAUGUGAAAACUAUUCUCUGACGCCCAUGUCUUACACCUCAGCAAAUGGUCCCGUUCAUAAUCCGUGGUUACGCGACCACAACACCGGAGGAAGUACAAGUGGAGGUGCGUGUCUAGUAGCACUUGGCAAAGCGCGAGCUGCUGGGGUUCCGGGUCUUGACGAUGCUGGUGAUGAUGUCGACUUGUGCAUGGGCGGAGACCAGGCGGGCAGCAUACGACUUCCAUCUGCAUAUUGUGGCAUAUAUGGUCUGAAGCCCACACAUGGACUUGUGCCAUAUACUGGCAUUGCAGGUUUGCAUCCGAUGAUUGACUAUACUGGACCUAUGGCCCGGACACUUGAAGACAUCGGAACGUUGUUGACAGUCGUCGCUGGGUAUGAUGGACUUGAUCCUCGAAUGUCGCCUGAAUCUCCACUGCGGCAGAACGUCGUGGAUUAUGUCAGUGAAUUAAAGAAAGCAGAGAACCCUGGCAAAGGACUCAAGGUUGGCAUCAUCACCGAGUCACUCACUUCAUUAGGAACUCAGCCAGAGGUGGCGCAGGUUGUGAAAGAGGCGGCAGUAAAACAUUUUGGUGCAUGUGGCGCCACAGUAGAGGAAGUAUCGGUUCCCAUGCACUUGCUGGGCCCUGCCAUCUGGACAGCAGCCACGAGGACGUAUAUGGCAAGCCUGGCCGUAGGUGGCCGUACACCAGACGUGCUCAACCACAACAUGCCGCACCUAUCGCUUAAGUGGCCUCCGGACCAGGAAAUGUUUGAGCUGUUGACAGCUUCUAAUCCUGCUGUCGUCAAUAUACUGUUUUGUGAGACAUUCCUGAAGGGCAAGUUUGGGACCAGCGCACAAGCCAAGGCACAUCGACACGUUUUCGAGCUUCGAGCAGCAUACGACAAGGCUCUGGAAGACUACGAUGUGCUCAUCACGCCUACAACGCCUUCGGUUGCGCCGCCACACCCUGAUCUUCGUCCGGAGGCGCAGGGUGGGAGUUCGGUGAUGGAUAAAAUCAAGCUCGCUGUCGGCGCGACCAACAACACAGCCCCUUUCAAUACCUCGGGCCACCCUGCACUGAACGUUCCUUGUGGAUGGGCCAAGGCACGGAAUGGGAAUGGCUGGCUCCCUGUUGGAAUGCAGGUAGUUGGUAAGAGUUGGGAUGAUCUUGGAGUACUAAAGGCCGCAAGGGCCUUUGAGCUGGGUGGUGGCGGACUCGGCGCGUGGCCUGGCCAGGAUGGUCAUUGA